AUGGCUCCUAUUGCGCAAACCAUACCGACUACAGCGGGAUCUCCUCUGACUGAAUCCUCUACUCUCCCAUUUGGAGAAUACCUCUUCCGCCGUCUACACCAGGUUCAUAAAGUCAAGUCAAUCUUUGGUGUGCCUGGUGACUUCAACCUCUCCCUGUUGGAGCACUUGUACAAGACUGAUUUGGAAUGGAUUGGAGGUUGUAACGAGUUGAACGCUGGCUAUACAGCAGAUGGUUACUCGCGUUAUAACAACUCCCUUGGUGUUGUGAUUACCACUUAUGGUGUUGGUGAACUCAGUUGCAUCAAUGCAAUUGCUGGCGCAUUUGCAGAGAAUGUUAAAGUCCUUCAUAUAGUUGGAGUACCGAGUAGAAUGGCCAUAUUUGAUGAGCAGGAGAAGAAGAAACACUUGCACCAUUUGGUGAACAACAUUGAUCCGUUUGCUGACAGUGAUAGAUUCGUUUACACCAAGAUGGUUGAGAAUAUCACAUGCGUAUCUGAGAUUGUGACAGAUGCAACAACAGCAGCAGAUCAAGUGGACCAUGUCAUCAAGGAAAUCUUCAAAACGUCAAGACCUGGUGUCAUUUUCUUGCCAGUGGACAUGAGUGAUGUUCCAGUGGAGGCUUCAAGAUUGACUCUGGACCCUGCUGACCGCUUCCAUAUAGUUGAAGAUCAAGAUCCAGCUUUGACUAAUAAACUUUCCACAGUCAUCUUGGAGAAGCUUUACAAAUCAACAAAUCCAGCGAUUUUGGCGGAUGUUCUAGUAUCAAGAUACCAUGACGGUGUUCCUCUCUUAAGAGAGUUUGUUGACAGGGCAAACGUUCACAGUUACACAACAUUUAUGGGGAAAUCCAUCUUGGAUGAAUGUCAUCCAACGUUUGUGGGUGAUUACAUUGGAUUGGAAUCCAAUAAGGGUGUUAAGGAGAACCUUGAAGACUCUGACCUUGUCCUCUUCUUCGGACCCCAUUUGAAUGAAAUCAACACUGGUCAUUAUUCCUUUGAUCUCCAAGAGGGACAGUUGAUAUUGCUUCAUUCUGAUUACAUAAAAAUUGGCUCUGAGGUAUUCCGUGGUGUUAAUUUUGUCAAUGUGUUGAGACAAAUGUUGGACAUCGUUGAUGUGUCGAAGAUUCCAGGUCCUAGACCUGUUCCUUUUGAAGUUUCUCCACGUUAUCCUCAUAUCCCAUCAAGCGCAUCCAUAUCACAGUCUGUAUUACUCAAAAAAUUUGAAUCGUUCUUACGUACAGGUGAUGUUGUUGUUUGUGAAACUGGCUCAUUCAUGUUCGGAAUUCCUGACUUCCGUUUCAAGACAGAUGUCACAUAUAUUGCACAAGGCUUCUACCUUUCCAUCGGAAUGGCAUUACCAUGUUCUGUUGGUGUGGGUAUUGCCCUCAGAGACGAAGGUUCAGGUAGAAGAUUGAUCCUUGUUGAAGGUGAUGGAUCUGCACAGAUGACCAUCCAAGAGAUAUCUGCAUUCCCGCACUAUGGGUUAACACCAAUCAUCUUUUUGUUGAACAACUCUGGCUACACCGUGGAGAGAAUCAUCUUGGGAGAGGAAAGGACUUAUAAUGAUAUCAAACCAUGGAAUUGGAGCAAGGUAUUUGAACUCUUUGAAUUUGGUAAUCAGGGCCAUUGCAUUUCAAAGACGAUACAUAAUGAAGAUGAAUUGGAAAGAGCAAUGGGUGAGAUUGAUUUGAACACAAGCAACUUACAAUUCUUCGAAGUGAUAUUAGACAAGUUGGAUUGUCCAUGGAGAUUUCAUCACAUGAAUAACUACAGACUCUUCCCAUUGGAGAAGAAGAUUGGUCUCACACUUAAUUAA